AUGCGGGGGUUUCUAUGCGUCUAUAUAAUAUUUAAUGCGCUUGACGAGUGUUCUAGGCGAGCGGAGCUAAUAGACAUUCUGAAGACUAUGUUUGCCUGGCAGCUUGAGAAUACACACAUGCUCCUAACGAGCCGCAAAGAACGAAAUAUACAGAGUUCUUUAGAGACGUUCAUAGACAAGCAGAACAAAGAUAUACAGAAAUAUGUACAACAGCAACUAACUAACGACGAGGACUUCAGCCAGUGGAGAAAAGACCCUACCGUUAGGCAGGAUAUCGAGACUACUCUCGUAAAUAGAGCGCAAGAAAUGUUUCGAUGGGCUGUCUGCCAGCUGGACACGUUAGGGAAAUGUCGCACUCAGGCAGCGCUACAGAAAGCGCUCGUAACGCUUCCACCAAUACUAGACAAGAUAUACAAUCCUCAGCCGCUAUCAGUAGACGAAAUUGCUGAAAUCAUUGCAAUAAAUUUGAAUGAUAAAGCCACAUUCAAUCGUGAUGGCAUUCCAGAAGAUCCUCCGGAUGUGUUGAAUAUCUAUUCUAACAUAGUUACUAUAACUACAGAGGAGAGCGAAACACAAGACCCAGUAAAACAGGUUGUAGCGCUUUCACAUUACUUGGUAAAAGAGUAUCUUAUCUCAGACAGAAUACAGAAAGGCUCUGCAGCACACUACAGUAUACAACAUGCUGUGUGCCAUAACGCUAUUGCGAGAAGCCGUCUUGGAUACCUUCUACAGUUUCAAGGAGUCAAGAUGCUUAGCCACGACAAUGCAAAAGAAUUCAGGCUGGCAGACCAUUCAGCCAGGUUCUAG